CAAAGUCCAGACACCAGCUCCAUUGCAGAAGACGCCUUGCUUACCUACCAAUGGCAACGACGGGACGUGAGGAAGCGAGGACACUAGAUUAAGCGGCGACAAAGAACGUUCCAUGGCGGUUCGCGCAGCAGGGAGCAAGGAAGAAGAAGAUGUGUGGAUCUGCAGUUCCUUUUUGUUUCUUCCCACGUUUCCACAUUUCCACUGUCCGGGUGAUUGAACCUGCCGAUCGAAAUACUAACCCGGUGUUUAUCAAUCGACUAUGAAAAGUCAAUAGAUGGCAAGCUGGCAUUGUCACUGAAGCUUCAAUGGGACGACUUUUGCGUUUUGGGGUGUGGUCUGAGUCUUUGAUCCUUUGCAUUUGGAUCGUGUCCUCGGUUCCCACCGAUCUUGAAGACGACUUGGGUCUUUGUUUAUUGAGAAUAACUAUCGUAAAUAUUGAAUAAGAAGGCCCAUAUCUUCGAAAGAAACUGAAGCUGAAUAAUGGGUCACAAUCACCACAUUACAUUAGAAGAAAAAUUAAGCAUUAGUAAAUCAUCUCAUGAUAUUCCCAAAGCAUGAUUAUCUGCAACUUACAUACUAAUGCUUACUUGCUUAGAAUUUUUUGCUAAGUGGGUGUAGUUUGUCUUGAGGAACUUUUGUUUUCUGAUGGCAGUGGGGUGAGAUGUCGAACUGACCUUUAUCUGGUAAAUUGAGCCUGAUACACUUGUCCAUCCGGUGAUGGUUCGUCCGUGCAAAACUGCUCGGGGAAUGGUUCUCUUUUGUAUCUAACUUAUGCAGAGCUAAAUUCGAGCAUGUUGUAGUGGUUAAGUUAUUACCAUCAGGAUCGUUUGCAUUGAUCAUGACUGAAUUGUGAUUCGUUUCCAUUUUAUGGUUCUUGUUUGUUACAUGCCAACUCUGGCCCUGCUUUGUUAUUUGCUGACAAUCUUCUACCAUCACCUUUCAUUAUGUUGGGUCACUGAGAAACAGGAGGCAUGUGGCAUUGGUUUGAUCAUUGGUGUAGUUGCAGUUUCCAUUUGAGAGAAGUCCUAUUGUUCCGGACUGCUUGAUUGUCCCACUUAAUUUGACUUUCCUCUUUAUUUGUUAGAUCAGAAAAAUCCCUCAUCAUGUUCCUUGCAGAUUGGAUCAUCCAUAUAAUGCAGUGAUGAGGAAUAUAUAAAAAUUAACAGUAAGGCGAAAAGGUUGACUUUAGCUCGUUGUUUUCUGAAGAAAUUCUACACUCGCCCUUCUCUAUAUAAAUAGCAGGUGUCUUGCAGAGUUAUGUGUCUCAUAACUUGUGCAGUUGGAUAGUCUAUCAACCAAAAUUUUCCUUUCCCCGUACAUUUUGCGACUCAAAUGGCAGAACUUAUGGGACCAGAGUCAAAUCUUCUGCGAGUGCAUAUGCAACAUACACUGUCCUUUCCAGCCGUGCUUUCCUCAGACAAUCAGAAUUGUGGGAAGCUUCAUCUGCCUACUCUUUCGGCUAAUCCAUGUUACAGUGUCAAUGACCCUCAAGAAAGCUCAAAGAUAAUUCACAAGGGUCUUGGCAGAGACACCAUAGCUGAUGUUGUUCAAGAGGCUGGUUCUGCAGUUGUUACUAUAUAUGUUAGCUACCUGGGAUCAGGUGGAAUAAGAACAGAUGGAAUUGGUUCUGGUAUCAUUAUUCAUGAGGAUGGCCUCAUUUUAACGUGUGCUCAUGUCAUCUCACAGGGCGGCCAGAUUAAUGUAAUUUUACGGGACGGCCAACAAUUCAAGAGCAGAUUGGUCGUUGCUUAUUUGGAUCUCGACAUUGCCCUUUUGAAGAUUAGUCCUCCGCCUAAGAUUGGCCUUUCAAUGGCAAAAUUUGGCUCUUCAAGCGAGCUUCGCCCUGGGCACUGGGUGAUUGCUGUCGGCUGCCCGCUUUCCCUAACACAUACUGUUACUUUGGGUAUCAUAAGCUCUGAGUGCCGCAAAAGCAGCAAGUUGCGCGAUGAAGGAGUGGAAAGAGAUUUUUUGCAGAUGGAUUGUUCAAUUACUCAAGGAAAUUCAGGGGGUCCUCUUUUCAACAUUGACGGAAAACUUGUUGGAAUUAAUACUUUCUGUUCAAAUACUGCACCUGGGAUGAGCUUCGCUAUACCAAUAGAUAACAUCCGUGCACUCCUAGACCCAAUCAGCAAAUGGAAUGCAGUUCAACCUGAACAUGGAUGGAUUAUAUAUGACUUCUAUGGGAUGAUGAUUAACCAGAAAGACCCCUCAUCUCCUGAUAAACAAGGCGUUCGUGUAUUCAAGGUGAGAGGAGGCUCCUCAGCUGAACAUGCUCAUAUCAAACAAGGUGAUUUGAUUGUAAACUUUGAUGGCAAACCGAUCGAUGGUGACAUUCGAAAGAUCAUGGAUGUUUUGAAGAAGAAGUAUCGGCAACGGAUCAAAGUUGUCAUACAGAGAGAAAAUGGUGCUCCCAGAAUUUAUACCAUGCUUCCCGAGGAAAAGAAUCAACAUGCUCCAAGGAUUACAGGUCUUGUGAGAUCCAAGAUUUGAAUUACCGUAUAUGCAUUUGUAGCAUAAACUGAAUUAUCUCGUCUUAUUUCUGGGUUUUCACUGUUAGGAGAUGAUGAUUGGUGAGCCAUGGAAUCAUAAUCAUCAUCUCCAGUGUCAAAAUAAGAAUUCGACGUCGCUUCCAUAAUAACAAUACCGUUCUUUUGCAUAAUGCUACACCCUGUGUUGAGUCUUCUGCUUCAGAUUUUUGUGAAUGAGUAUGAACUGGUUGGCCUGAGAAUGUUGAGGUCUUCCUUGUAUACAUUGUUACUCUAAGCUCAAUGAAGAUGGUCGAAUAGGUUACCCAAAACAAUCCGAUAGAUCUCUUUCAAAGCAGGAUGGAUAUGGAUGGAAUUUCUUGUCCAGAGCCGGACGACGGAUUAAUCAGAAUCAUAAUUGUUGAUGAUAUUGAGAGCGGCAUCAGUCGAACAGGAUCGAAUCGAGUGUGACUUCCAGUUU